AUUUGUUGACUGUCGUCACAAAACCAAACCCAAAGUCUAAAGAAAGAGGAAAAGCAGAAAUAAAAUAGUGGUGACUGCUGAGACUCUCACCUCCUUAUGGCCGACCCAUGCAACGCUACUUUCCUCCUUUACAUCCCAACCAAAUCUACUUGAUUUGCAUCAAACUUUUUCAGGUUCCAGAUUCCAUGGCUCUCCUUCGCCGUUACAGCUCCUCGUAACGGUCUUGGGAAGAAGCAGAGAGAAAGAAAGCACAUUAUCUGAAUCUUGUACCCGAAGAUCUCACAUAUCGGAUCUUAAAGCUUUUAACUUUACUUUCACUGAUUAGCCAAACAAACAGUGAAUCUUAAAAGCAAGCAAAAUCUGUGUACAGCGAUAAAGAUACAGGAAAAGCCAGCAAGCUAGAGAGCAGAGAUCCAGGGUAAAAGCAAAAGUAGUAGAGACUGAAACUAGCUAGGGAGGCAAAUAAAUGGGGUUCACAAUGAGUCUGAAUCUGCUGCUUCUCGUAGCCAUGGUGGCCACCAACAUCCUCUCCCUCUACCAUCUCUCCUCCACAAUUCAAACCUCUGGGAAACCCCCAGCUCCGCCUCCUGUCCCUGACCGACUUCUUCACCAGCUCAACACCAUACGCGCCACCAUCAACCGCCUCACCCGCCUCCAACCCACCCCCAAUCCUGCCACCAAAGCCGCCACGGGCACCGCCACCAUACCAUCGGAUCUCCUCCUCUACUCCCUCCUCUCUCCCAUCGCCACCUCCUGCCACUACCACCCAGACCUCCUCCACCGAUAUAUGAAUUAUACCCCAUUCUCUCUCUGCCCCCAGGACUCCGACGGGGUGGCCGAGUCCCUCAUCCUGCGAGGCUGCCAUCCACUCCCUCGCCGCCGGUGCUUCUCCAAAACCCCACCAAAACCUACCUCGUCUCUUUCCCACGACCCGUUCUCUCCUUCGCUACCGGAUCAAAACGUUGUGUGGGAUAAAUACACUUGCAAAAGCUUCAACUGCCUCGUGCGCUCUUACCCAAACCUGGGUUUCGACCUCUCUGCGGAAGCCACCCGAUUGAUGAGCUACAGGGACGACCUCGACCUCCCGAUCCCACAACUGUUACAGAUUGCCAAGGCGGCUAAUUCUGUGCUCCGUCUCGGCCUCGACAUUGGUGGCGGGACCGGGACUUUCGCGGCGCGGAUGAAGCUCUACAAUGUGACUGUUGUGACAACGACGAUGAACCUCGGCGCUCCGUACAACGAAGCGGUGGCUCUGAGGGGCCUGGUUCCGCUGCACGUGCCGCUGCAGCAGCGGUUUCCGGUGUUCGACGGGGUGGUGGAUCUUGUGCGUUGCGGCCACGCCGUGAAUAGGUGGAUACCGUUGACGGCGAUGGAGUUCAUGCUUUACGACGUGGAUAGAGUGUUGAGGGGUGGAGGGUACCUGUGGCUGGAUCAUUUCUUUAGCAAAAGGGUGGAUCUUGACAAGCUUUAUGCGCCGUUGAUUGGGAAAUUGGGGUACAAGAAGGUGAAGUGGGCGACGGGAUUCAAGGCCAAUUCGAAGAACGGGGACGUUUACUUGACUGCGCUUUUGCAGAAGCCUGUGUCCAAAUGAAGGGGGAAUUUGAGGUAAGGUAUUGAUUGCUGAGAAUAUUGCCCCCCUCAAAGGAUUGGAUACCGUGAUUUCGUACACUUCUAGAAGAUAUAGUCCUUGGAAAAGUAGAGUUUAGCAAGCAAAAUAUAUUACUUCUAGCAGGGUGGGUUAUACCCUUGCAUCUUAUAAGGGAUGUAAGGGGUCGUAGAAUGCAAAGAAGCAUAAGAAAGUUAUAAUUAUGAAUGUAUAUCUACAGGGAUCUGGGAUCUUCUGGGGAAAGGUUUAUAUGAGGUGGGUGGAAAUUUUUAGGUACUCCUGAUUUGGUAUUAACAUCCUACCAUAAAAUGUAGUCCUAACUUUCAAUGGCAUGACAUAUUGUGAU